AUGGCUGCCCUGACUAUAGACCCAGUGGAGCAGCCUCGGAUGUACCAACAGACCCUCCUUCAGGAUGGACUGUGCGACCUGUUGGAGAAUGACAAGUUUGUGGAUUGUGUCCUCAAAAUCCAGGACAAGGAGUUCCCCUGCCACCGCUUGGUUUUGGCAGCCAGCAGCCCCUUCUUUAAGGCUAUGUUCCUGUCUGACCUGGAAGAGAGCAAGAAGCGUGAGAUUGUCCUCAAAGAUGUGGAGCCAGGUGUUAUGGGGAUGAUCCUACGCUACUUAUACACCUCUGAAAUUAUUCUGACAGAACAGAAUGUCCAGGAUAUCUUCAUGGUUGCCAACAUGUACCAGAUCCCCUCCAUAUUCUCUGUGUGUGUGUCCUACCUCCAAGAGAAGCUGAUGCUGGGAAACUGCUUAGCUAUCUUCAGACUGGGGCUGCUGCUGGAUUGUCCCAGGCUCACCCUGAGUGCUAGAGAGUUCAUCUGUGACCGAUACCAGGUUGUUGUCAGGGACCAGGACUUCCUGCAGCUGGGCCCAAGUGAGCUGGCCAUUAUCAUCACCUCAGAUGCCCUGAAUGUUGAGCGGGAGGAGCUGGUGUUUGAAUCCCUGAUGAACUGGGUCAGACAUGAUGAGACAAACCGGAUUAAGGACCUGCCAGAGCUGUUGCACUGCAUCCGUUUUAGGCUCAUACCUUUGGAUUACUUCAAAGAAAAAGUGGAGCGCCACCAGUACAUCCGUUUCAGCCAGGAGAUCAAGAAGGAGCUGGAUCUCGUCAAAGAUGCUCACAGAGGGCGUCUCCCAAAGCCCAGGAAGCCCAGCCAUGACGGGGCAAAGGGGGGAGAAGGAAGUGAAGACGAGGAGGAUGAUGAUGGGUACCUGCCAGGUAUACUCAACAACAACCCGCGCUUUGGGAUGUUUGAGAUGGACCUGAUAGUUAUGUUCAAUGACACAGGGACUGUGGCCUACGACCCAGCCGGAAAUGAAUGCUUUGUGGUGUCAGAAUCCACAGAAAUUCCCAAAAACCACUGCAGCCUGGUCACCAACCAGAACCAGGUAUUUGUUGUCGGAGGACUUAUCUACAACGAGGAGGAUAAAGACGAACCGUUCAGUUCUUACUUCCUACAGUUUGAUCCAGUGAGUUCAGAAUGGUUAGGGAUGCCCUCACAACCCAACCCUCGCUGUCUGUUUGGGCUGACAGAAGCCGAGAACGCCAUCUUUGUUGUGGGAGGAAAGGAACUGAAGGACGGCGAGCACGCCCUGAAUUCAGUCAUGAUCUAUGACAGACAGUCGUUCAAAUGGGGGGAGUCAGACCCCCUGCCUUAUGAAGUAUAUGGCCAUGGAGCUGUGUCACACAAAGGUCUUGUCUACGUUAUUGGAGGAAAGUCUGAGAGCAAGAAAUGCAUGAGAAGAGUCUGCGUCUACAAUCCUACUAAGUUUGAGUGGAAGGACCUGGCUCCUCUGAAGACAGCCCGCUCCCUGUUUGGUAUAACCAUCCACAAAGACCAGAUUUUCGUGGUGACGGGGGUCACAGACGCAGGCCUCACAAGCUCUGCGGAGGUCUAUGACAUUGCCACCAACAAGUGGUCUGAGUUCACAGAGUUCCCUCAAGAGCGCAGCUCCCUUAGUCUAAUCUCUUUGGGAGGCUUCCUGUACGCGGUGGGGGGCUUCGCCAUGAUGCCCAGUGAAACCAGUGAAGAGCCCGUCCCAACAGAGAUGACUGACAUCUGGAGAUAUGAUGAGGCAGAGAAGUGCUGGAAUGGGAUCUUGCGAGAGAUUAGCUAUGCAGAGGGAGCCACUAUUCUCCCAGUGCGUCUCAACACUCUGCGUCUCACCAAGUUAUAG